AAAGGGGGGGCGGAUGCUAAGGGAAUGGGCGAGAAGGAAAUGCAGGCCAUUUCUAAGAGAAAAGGGCUUCUAGAUGUGGAGGAGUUGAGAGCGGUGGAUCUAGGUCAGGUGGCUCUGCUGCUGGGAGCGAUUGAGGGGCUCAAGGAGGUUCAGGAUCUGCCGAAGCUGAUGAGCUGGCUUGGCGGCGUGUCGGAGGAGGGGGGUGGAGAGGUUGGCCCUGCUGGAGGGGGAUUGGGCGGCGAUGACGUGUCACUGGGCAGUGCUGAGGUGUCGCAGGUGCUGUAUGAGCUGGCGAUUGCGGAGGAGAGUGAGAAAGCUCUGGCGCUGCUGAGGUGGAUGGAGGGGAGAAGGGAGAGGGAGUGGGGGGAGAUGAGGUGGGACGGGUGGAGCAAGCUGGCGCCAUGGCCAUGGGGGCCAGCACAGUCGAAGCAGGAGCAGAAAGAGCAGCAAGAGCAGCAGGAGCAGCGGCUGCAACAGUCAGAGCAGCAGCACGAGACAGAGAUCAACCAAGCAAGCUCCAUCAGGCGUCCCACAAACCCCCCUCCACCACCUCCUCCUCCCAUCCCACCCCCCCCUCCCAUCCCCAUACCACAAUCCGUGUACUGCCAACUGAUCGGCGCGCUAGUGGGCACGGACAAGGGCCUGAGAGCCCUCGACGCGUUCCUCAAGAUGCGGAAGGGACAGGGCAAGGGGGAGCGGCCGUCCCUGGCGCUGUGCCACCUGGUGAUGAAAGGGUGCCUCAAGGAGGGCGGACGGGGGGGACUGGACGGGUGUGGAGUGAUGGUGGACGAGAUGACCAGGCUGGGCGGCAAGCUGAAGCCCACUGCGCUGACCUUCUCCUUCCUCAUCCGCGCACUGUUGCAAGAUGGGGACCUCAAGAGAGCCACAUACGUGAUCUUGAAGAGGAUGCAACGGCGGGGCCUGGUGCCGCGGCUGGAGGACGUGCAUGGAGUCAUCAAGGGGUGGCUAGGGACGGGAGGGGCGGCAGGGGUGACGGAAGCUAUGGCGAUUAUGGAUGCGAUGCUGGGGAUCACGGCGGAUGGAAGAAUAAAACUCAGUGCUUCUGUGAUGGUGCAACCCUCUGAGCUCACCUUCCGAAUGCUCAUCCUCGCCUUGUGCCGCGAGCGAAACCCUAGCAGGGCCCUCUUCUACCUCACGCGCAUGCUGGACGCCGGACUGAAGCCCGACAAGCAGCUCUUCCGUGCCUGCAUGCUCACACUCUCUGCACUAGGCAUCACCCGCGACGCCUUGGAGCUCUUCGAGCUGAUGCGGGAGAGAAGGGCCACGCGGGCGCUGAUAGACGCGGAUCUGUGCACGCUGCUGCUGGCAGCGCUGGGCAAGCGCGGGCUGCACCUCGAGAUGAAGCGAGUUGCUGCACUUAUGAGGAAGAUGUCGAUACCCCAUAGUGAGGAGUCGUACGCGCAGCUGAUCAUGGGGUAUGCACGGGCGGGCAUUGCUGGUUUUGGCACUGGUGCUUUUGCCUCACUUGGUGACGAUGUCGACAUUGAUAUUGUGCCGGCCGCAGCGAGGGACAGUGUGGCGGUGUGCAACGCGCUGGUGGUGGCGGAAUGCAAGAGCACGAAAGCGGAGGAGGCGAGGAGAAGUGGAGCAACGGUCACCCAGAAAGAGGAUGAUGCGGCAAUGGAGAAACAAAAGGAGGAAGAUGAGGAAGAGGAGGAAGCUGAAAAAACGGCAGAGGGCUAUGUGGAAAGGGAUUUGGAGGAGGAGCAGGAGGGAGGGGAGGAGGAGGAAGAGGAGGAGGAGGUGAG